AUGGAAACCCGCCUCCAGAUCCAGACUCCGUCCAGCUUGGUCAUCCUCCGUCUUCGUCGUUCCCAGGCGGCGGCGGGUUCGUCUGUAUCCUUACAGAAGCUUUGGCUGCAAAUCAUGGCGGCUUGCCGGCACAGGUUGUGUGAUUUGCCGAGAGAAUUGCACUUUCUGAGAGCAUUUCUGAUUUAGCUUUGAGGAAUUAUAAUCAGCGGUGGGGGUCCCGUUCCGAGGGGUUGACUGCAGACGAUGCGCGGGCGUGACGAUGAUGGGGGAAUGGCUGAGCAAUGGUCCUCCAAUGAGCCAGAUCCAUUCCCCGGACGACACGGGUUUGGGCUUGUUCACACCGCACCUCGGAAUGUGAUGCAGCAACAGGCGGAUCACUCUCUGCGCUUCUACGGCCCGGGGAUCAAUUUUGUGGGGAUUCAUCAGCAUGGCUAGAGAUUGGAGAUGAGGCUGCUGUCGGCGCCAUUGUGACGUCAGCAUUACUGCCUGCGCGGCUGUGCCUGCGAAGGGAAGCUUGAGGUUUGCAAUGGAGCCCGCUGGGAGCGCAGCUGUGCCCUCUGCUGGUCCAAUUGGAGAAACUGUUUUGCUGGACGACGACGCUGGCAGAGUCUCCUUCCUCAGCAGGAAGCACAAGCUAUGGCUGUUGCCCUGGAUGCUUUGGCGCCCUAUGUCAGAAACAUGAUCGUAGGCUUAGCAGAGGAAGAACUGAGUAUGCUGCCGUUGAAAGAGAGAUCCGGAAGCUGAAUAGCAACUUGGUGUACCUGCAGGACUACCUCACCGACGCCGACAGGAAACGCAUCACGGACAAGAGCGUGAAGGCGUGGGUGGGCAAGCUCAGGGACGUCAUGUAUGAGGCCACUGACAUCCUGGAGCUCUGCCAGCUUGAGGCCAUGGAGCGACCGCAAGAGGGUGCCUCCAGCCGCUCAAGUUCUCUUGGAGGGUACAUGAAGAAGAAGCUGCAGGGCAGCUUCCAGCCAUUGCUGUUCUGCCAUCGGAACCCUGUGUUUGCGCACGAGACAGGCAGCCGCAUCAAGAAGCUCAACGAGGAGCUGGACACGAACCGCAAGGAUGCCACCAAGCUGAAUUUCAUCAACCUCGGCUCCUACCAGGAACGGAGCAGGCUGAAAAAUCCGAGACAUCUCAGGAACAAGACGACGUCGGGGUUCAAUAAGUCGGAAGCUGUGGGGGAGAACAUUGAGGAGGAUGCAGAGAAGCUUGUGCAGAAGCUGAUCGCCCUCGAUGGCAGAGACUUUAAGGUGGUGGCCAUCAUUGGCCAGGGCGGCAUCGGCAAGAGCCUCCUCGCCAAGAAGAUCUACGCAGGAGGCCACCAAGGAAGAGUUCAAAACCAGGAUAUGGCUGAGCAUCACUCCGCACUUCGACAAAGUGGAGCUGCUAAGGUCCGCCAUCACCCACGCCGGGUGGAAGCACAAUGAGGAGAAGGACGAAUCCAUCCUCGAGCAGAUCCUCACCGAGGCCCUGUCGGCGAACAAGUUCCUGCUCAUCUUGGAUGAUGUAUGGAGCGACACAGCAUGGAAAGACUUUCAGGUCCCAGUUGCUACCGCAAGUUGUACACAACCGGGGAGCCGAGUCCAGGUGACCUCUAGAAAGGAAGACGCUGUCGGAGGAUGGGAGCCUCCAGCAGCGACCAGCUCCGUGUCAGAAAACUAGAAGAUGAAGAUGCUUGGUCCUUGCUCAAGAAACAGCUACCGCUGCCAGAGGUCAGUAACUCGAUCAGUGCUAAUAUAGGAACGCAGUCGAACUAAAUAAUUUGCUUUCUACGGCCUAUUAAUUUGGUAAAUCUAGUAACAUUUACUCCCAAAACGCAAAAUAACCAUACCCAGUGAUAUUUUCAACAACAAUUUUUUUAAGUAUGCUACUUUAAUGAAAAAUAAACGUUCGACAGAAAAUAUGUUCCGUGAACCGUGAUAGACUUUUUUAUCAGCUUGUUUUUAUCGAUCUACCUACAAGUCCUUACAAAUUCUAUGUUAACUAGGAAAUGUGCCCGUGCGUUGCACCGGGAUAGAGAAAAAUAUGCGGUGCGAAGCCGUAUAAAGUAAGUUGCCGUAGAAGAAAACGUGACAUGUUUCAAAAACCAGCCACCUUCGACGUGUCAAUGUCUCAACAGAUAGUCUCAGCGCAAAUUCAUUCAUGAAAUAAGACUAAUAUCGAGUGCAUUUUAGGUGCAUUCUUUCUUGAUUCUAAUUAAGAUCCAUGGCUAACAAAAAUAGUUUAUUAUAUACUUCAAAAAGUAGUUUAUUAUAGCUAUGGCUAUAUGGAGUUCAUUACAUCUCAAACUUUAAUACUCGGAACAUGAUUUGAAUAUUACUCGUCCAACAACAAGCAGCAAAAGUGAGCUUUCCAUAAAACUCUGGAUUUCUUUUAUAAUCUCCCUGCACAACAAUCUCUUUCUUCUGCAUUCGGCUUAAUAGAUAAACCACAUUCAAUCACGUCUGGAAGAAGUAUUCUAAACUGAAAUUGGCCACGCUAGCUAGGUAGCCAUGCAGCAUCUCUGUAUUACAGCACUGGGUGACACAACGCCGCAGGAGUGGGAGGCGGGCGGCAUCAUACACGCCGAAGCCCUCCAUCACCUUCCGAUACGCGCUUCUUCUCCUUGAUGGAGUCAAAGCUCCACGCCGAUGACGUCAAUCGCCGUGCGUAGACGACGAUAGGAUGGUUAGAUCGGCAGAGUUCGUUUGCAUGCUUGAUAUUUGUAAUGAGAUGUGGGAUCGAUCUUGUGCAAUCUGCCUGCUCUAUUCAAAGUCUGUAUUUUGAGUAGGACAAUAUUCUCGUGCGACCAGCGC